AAAACCAGUCCUCCUUCUCUUCUUUCUCUCUCCUUUUUUUGAUGUUUGGUCGAUCGAUACUGACCUUGCCGUCAUCGUCCUACUAACUCGAAAGGAAAAUGUUUGUCGGCGGUCUCAACUGGGACACGACUGACGAGUCUCUCAAACGGUACUUUACCCAAUUUGGCAAUGUGACGCACUGCCUGGUCAUGCGAGACAGCCAGACUGGGCGCUCGAGGGGCUUUGCCUUCCUGACCUUUGAAGAUCCCAAGGCCGUCAACUCCGUGAUGGUUCGCGAGCACUUUCUCGACGGCAAGAUUAUCGACCCGAAGCGGGCGAUUCCGCGAAUGGAGCACGCCAAAACAUCGAAAUGCUUCGUCGGCGGUGUACCACAGACGGCAACACAAGAAUCCUUCCGCUCCUUCUUCUCACAAUUCGGCACCGUGCUCGACGCAACACUCAUGGUGGACCGCGAGACGCAGCGGCCGCGCGGCUACGGCUUCAUCACCUUUGAUGACGAAGACACCGUCGAGAGGCUGAUCCAGAUGGGCCUGACGGACAACCCGGUCGUAAUGGAUGGCAAGCAGGUCGAGGUCAAGAGGGCCACCCCAAGGAACGCAGAUGGCAGCAAGAAGGUGCCCGAUCGUGCGGACCGGAGACGAGACAUGAUCAAUGGUGGUGGCACGGGGUCAAUGAUGGGAGGAAGCGGCAGUGGUGGUGUUGGUGGAAUGGGCGGCAUGGCCGGUGGCAUGGGUGGUAUGGGGGGGAUGGGAGGCAUGGGCGGCAUGGGAGGCAUGGGCGGCAUGAACGCAUUCAUGGCGGCCAACCCGAUGAUGGCCAGCAUGAUGGGCUCUGAUUCCUCGCAGCACCAGAACCCCAUGUUUGCCGCAGCCAUGGGCGGGGGUCAGGGAGGAGGCUUCGACCCGCAGGCCAUGGCCAACUUCUUCCAGUCGCAGGGCUGGGGGUCAGCCAACUUCAAUCCGAUGGCGUUCCAGCAGCAGAUGAUGAUGAUGGGCAUGAUGGGCGGUGGCGGUGCGUCGGGCGCCAACGGCAUGUUUGGCGGCCAAGGCGGCGGUGGUAUGUACGGGGGUCAGGGGGGCUGGACGGGACAAGGAAGCAUGAGCCCUUCAUCGCAGCCGAGACCAAGCAUGGCUCAAGGCGGUCGGAGCAGCUCCAACGGAGGCGGAGGCGCACACGACUCGGACAGGCCCUCGUUGCAGGCCCCUCACCCUUCGGCUGGCCUUCCCACGAAACCAGGCUCCGGUUCCUCGCCUACGACAGGCGGCGGCAGCGGGGGCCGAUCCUCGCGUUCGCCCGUGAGAGAGCGUGGUCAGGAGCGAGAUCCGUAUUCGCGAGAACGGUCUCCGUCGAGAGGCACCAGCAAUGGCCCCGCAUCUGCGUCGAGAAAGGAUCGAUGGUAACCGGACAAAAGGUCACGAGGGGCAGAGAGGAGCAGUAACCUCGCUCUCUUCCCUCUUCAAACGCCUCUCCCUCACUUAUUUCCCUCUCUCCCUCCCCCUCUCUCUGUGUGUCUUCAUAAAAUGG